GGAGAUUUUCAGCACUGCAUUCAAAGGGACCAACUUGAAGCUUCUUCUGUACUCUUAGGAUCUCACAUCCCAAUCAGCUCUUCAAAGAUGUCUCACCACUCCGGACAUGGCAGCCACGGACACAGAAACUUCACCUCUUCCUCAGCCUGCUUACCAGCUAUGAGCAAGCACAGCAUUGGCUCUCUCAGCAAGAAAGUCUCCGUUGGCCACAAGGUAGUUCCUUCAUAUAGCAGCAAAAGUGUCUACAGUGUUGUGUCCGGUGGGCAUAAGUUGUCAUCUGGACUGAAGGCUGGGCAUGGAUAUAGUUUUGCUGGAAUUGGACAUGGACUAAGCUCUGCUAGCUAUGGAUUUAGUGGAUCAUUUUGCUCUGCUGGUAUCACACCAGUUACCGUUAACCAAAGUCUCCUGGCCCCUCUCAAUUUGGAAAUUGAUCCCAACAUCCAGAAAGUCAGAAUUGACGAAAAAGACCAAAUUAAAGGACUGAACAACAAGUUUGCUUCUUUCAUAGAUAAGGUACGAUUCUUAGAGCAACAGAAUAAGAUGCUGGAGACCAAGUGGGCACUUUUGCAAGAGAAGAAACCUGCCAAGAGCCACAUUGAACCCCUGUUUGAAGCUUACAUCAAUAACCUUAGGAAACAGCUGGAGCAUCUAGGAAGCGAGAGAGCUAGCCUGGAGUCAGAAAGAAGAAACAUGGAAGAUGCAGUUGAGGAAUUCAAGAGGAAGUAUGAAGAAGAAAUCAACAGGCGCACAGCUGCAGAAAAUGAGUUUGUUGGGCUUAAGAGGGAUGUUGAUGCCGCUUUCAUCAACAAGGCAGAACUGCAAUCUAAGGUGGACUCUCUCACUGAUGAGAUCAACUUCCUGCGUACACUCUUUGAUGCGGAAAUUGCUCAGCUCCAGGCUCAGAUCUCAGAUAUUUCAGUGAUUGUGUCCAUGGACAACAGUAGAGAUCUUGACAUGGAUAGCAUCAUUGCUGAGGUCAAAGCUCAGUAUGAGGAGAUCGCCAACAGAAGCAGAUCUGAGGCUGAAGCAAUGUACCAGUCAAGGUAUGAAGAGUUACGUAUGACAGCAGGAAAACAUGGAGACGAUCUACGUAACACCAAGCAUGAAAUCACUGAACUCACUCGUCUGAUCCAGAGACUAAAGGGUGAAAUCGAGAGUAUCAAAUCACAGCGUGCCAAGCUGGAAUCUGCCAUAGCAGAAGCUGAGGGGCGCGGUGAGGCUGCAGUGAAAGACGCGAAGCAUAAGCUGGCUGAGCUAGAAGCUGCUUUACAGAAGGCCAAGCAGGACAUGGCUCGCCAACUGAGAGAAUAUCAGGAACUGAUGAAUGUCAAACUGGCUCUGGAUAUUGAGAUCGCCACCUACAGGAAACUUCUGGAAGGAGAAGAGGGCAGGAUGGUUGGAGAAGGACAUGGAUCUGUUAGCAUCUCUGUGGUCAGCAGCAGUUCAGGACACAGUGCUAGCAGCCAGCACCACCACAUCGGCGGAGGAUUCAGCUCCGGCAGCCUUUCCAAGGGAAAACACGGACAUCACUGUUAGAUGGAAGAGAGCAAAGCCAAAUCUACUAAUUAGAUAUCCAAGAUGUUCUGUUCCCAUUAAUUGCACUGUACUGAGUCCAGACACCCUGACCUGGGCUCUGAAACACACUCAGUUAUCAUUAAUCUCUUCUUCUGUCUAUAAUACUUCAGCAUUCUCUGCAUGUGUGUGGCUGUGUUUCUUGUGUGUGGGUUUUUUGUUUUAUCACAGCUGCAUCUUAUCAAAUAAAUUCUGUAAUUUUGCUAUGCAUACCAAUGUACUUUUCCGAAUUUCCUGUAAUAAAGUUGAUUUAAGCAAAAUA